ACAAUAUAAUCAUGAUAUCAUGAAGACAUGAAAUAAAAAUCAAAUAAAACGCUAAAAUUUACUUAUCAUUGAUUUGAAGACAAAUAAUUCAUGAUAAAUACCAGUGGCUGUGUCAGGUCACGUCGCGUUAUCAUUGUUCUUAGUGCUAUCGAUAUUUUCAGUUUGUUUUCUAUACUAUGUAAAGUGUCGGCGUAGUAUAUAAAUACCUGUUUAAAUUUAAAAUGUUCUUAGAAUUGCUUGUUAUCAAAUGAUUACUUAACAUUAACGUGUUAUAUAUUCCCUCAGCUUACUAUACUGAUUUCCGAGUUAAAGUUGUUUGAGAUGUAUUUUACUUAUAGGCUACAGUAACAUAUUGAUCACAUUAACCUAACAAGUUACUAUAAAAUGGAAGCAUCCACUUUCCUCCUUGAUCCAGCUAAAGCAGAUAAUUUGUAUCCAGCACUGUUCCAGUGCUUUACAAUUAUAUUAUGUGGGUAUAUUGCUGGCCGCCUAAAUGUGGUGUCACAAACAGAAUCAAAAGGGAUUGGCACAUUUGUGGGCACCUUUGCCCUUCCAUCACUCAUCUUCUUAUCCCUGGCUAGACUGGACUUCAGUACAGUCAACUGGACAUUCCUUCUAGCUAUACUAUUAGGCAAAGGCAUUGUGUUCUUUGCAGUUAUGAUUGUCACCAUUCUGGUGUCUAAACCAGUGAACCUUGGGAGAGCUGGUAUAUUUGCCAUCUUUUGCACCCAGAGCAAUGAUUUUGCCUUGGGAUAUCCAAUAAUUAAUGCUAUCUAUGAGAACACACACCCAGAAUAUGCUCUCUUCCUAUAUUUGAUGGCACCAAUAUCAUUAGCAAUACUAAACCCGGUUGCUUUUGUGCUAAUGGAGAUCAAGAAACAACGAGAUAAUGCUCAGAUAGUGACCACAUCGCCUGAAGGGGAGAGAUCAAGUGAACUGUGCAAGUUCAAGUUGUUGAGGCAGAUAGUCAAAGGCAUAGCUUUGAACCCUGUUUUGGUGAUGACAGUGCUGGGUAUUAUAGGCAAUAUUGCCUUUAAACAUCAUCUUUCACCAUACAUUGAGCUGCUACUGAAAGUAUUUGGAGACUCUUUUUCAGCUACGGCACUAUUUUUAUUGGGGCUGAGGAUGGUUGGCCAAAUACACCGACUGAGAGGGCCUGCUCUGUUGCUGCCUUGUGUCCUAAUAAUGGUUAAACUGAUUGUCCUACCAGUGGUGAUGAGAGAGAGCGUAAGCGCAUUGAACGCGGGAGCGAACGAUUCCGAGACUUCUUCGUUGUCGACCUACGCAUUCUUGUACGGAACCAUACCCACUGCACCUGCGGUCUUCGUCUUCUCUAAUCUGUACCAACUGGAAGUUGAUCUGAUGGCUUCAUCAAUGGUGAUCUGUACGUUCCUGUCAGCGCCCAUAAUGUUCAUGUCAGCCCAGGUGAUAUCGAUCAACAAGGACUAUGCGGAGCAGAUGAAGAAAUUUGGCUUCCACCUGUCUAUAGUGUCUUUAGUGGCCUGUGUGUGGGUGAUAACGGUGUUCAUCGUUACGAAGAAAUAUAAGCGUAUGCCGCACAGAUUGACUCUGUGUUUAAGUGUGUCACAGUUGCUGCUAGCGAUCAGCGUGAUCUGGGGCGGGCCGCAGUCGUCGUACACGCCGUCCUGGUCGGUGUUGCUCCAGCAGACGCUCUGCACCUUCAGCAUGUACUCCUGCCUGCUCUGGACUUCCAUGCUCUCUGUCGGACUCCUCAUGUUGCAGAGCCGCGGGCCCUGCUUCGUGGUGACGCUGUGGCCGGUGCUGGGGUUCGUGGCGUGGGGCGCGCCCGCGGUGAUGGCGGCCGUGCUGGUGGCCACGCGGCCCGCGCUGCAGCUCGACGCCAAGGCCGUCGACGCCAUCCGCCUGUGCCUGCUCGUGUUCUGUAUCACGGUGACGACGGGUUGCCUGACACUGUACAUCCGUUUCCGGCGGCGCAGCGCGCAGUUCGCCAGCCUCUCUGCCGAUGUGGCGUCGCAUUCGCCGGACGAAAGCUCCGGCCUGGUCGACAACGAGCAGCCUGUGUCCAACACACAAUCAGUUUCGCACAACGGUUGCUACGGCGCGAUCACAGCGAGUCCGAGUCCAGCGAAGAGCGCCAACGGCAACGGGUGCUGCUCCGGCGACCCGCGCUGCGAGAGUGGACUGGUCAACUCGACCUCGCAGGACAUCGAGGACAUCGUCGACCACAACAAAGUUUUGUUAUUAUCCAGGGAGUGCGCCUGCCCUCCGUCACAGAAGCAGCGCUGCACCGGCCCCGAGCCGUGCCGGUACCUGAGCGAGCUGGAGCGCGCCGCCGGCACGCUGGGCCUGCUGCCGCCCGAGACCAGCCGCGGCCGCGGCGGACAACUGCUCAAGCACACCGUGCUCAUCAUACUCUACAGCCUGGCCAUGUUCAUCGGGAUAACAUACACGACCUGGCGUAUGAUGCAAAAAGACGAAAGCGGAGUGUUCAUCGAGAUCGAGUUCCUGGACAUCGCCAUCACGUACGGGCAGGCGCUCAUCAUGUUCGUGCUGUUCGGGUUAGACCCGGAGGAGAUGAUCAUUCCGGCUGUCAGAUACUUUAAGAAGAAGUGGCACGGCGCUGACACGGUCGUGCUACCGUCCAUCGAGGAUCUCAGCUUUGAAACCAAACACGUCUGCGACCAGUUCAUAAUGCACCAUCUCGACCGCUGCAAGGAAGCCAUUGCCAAAGAUACCAGGUGGCGCAUGCGCACAUACCGCGCCGUGUUCCGCGGCUCGUGCCUCGUGCGCUGGCUGAUCAGCUGCGGGCUCGCCAAGGACGAGGCGGAGGCGGUCGCGUACGGCCGCCACCUGCUCGACGGCCGCCUCAUCGCGCAUCUCAACAACAACCACCACUUCACCAACUCGCCGCUCUUGUACACCUUCAAGUAAACAUUCAAUACUCUGCCACAGCAACCUUAUCAGUAAAAAAUGUAGGCGUGAAGAGUUGACUUCCCAUAGAAAAAUUGAAUUUCGCGCCUUUUUCUACUGAUAAGUUGGGGUUGUUUCGGUAUAUAUACCAAAGAGUUAUUGCUUGUACUUUGUAACGGAGUGGUAAAGGCUAAGAAAAAACGAAAGUCUAGUUUGACAGUAUUUUGCAGAUGGCGUUGGCAUAGUUUUACCUGUCAAUUUUACGAACAGUUUCAAAUACUUCUUUUUUAUUAUAUUUUAUAAGAAAUCAAAUCUCAUAGGACAAAACUAGAGACAGGUAAAACCUAUGCUGGCGACAUCUGUAAAAAACCUUUGACAGUUGCCAACCCCAUUCUCAAACGUCAACUUUUGACUACCAAAAGUACCGCAUAAUGUACGGAGUAUCCGCCAUCUCGUUUAGCUGUCAAAUUCGUAGCACUUAAAUAUCUUAGACUUUACAUAUCUUACACAAUCAACGAAUCUUUGCAUAUACCAAAGAUAAGAUAAUACGAUGCGUAAAGAAGUGCAAAAUGUAAAGAAUCCCUUGUAAUAGUCCCUAACGUAGUUACCACAAAGAACAUGGCGCCGUACUUACUGAUUCUGAUUACUUUAGCUGCCAAAGCAGCUAAAAACGUUAGCACUGUAUGUGUAGGUACUUUACGCAUCAUAAUAUUAUUUAUCAAAAACCUUAUAAUCAUUUUUAAUUUUCUGCGCGUUUUUUUCGCUCUCUAAAUUUUAAUUUUACAAGUGGCAUCAUAUGGCCAAUAUAACUGGGUGUAAAAGUGGUAUAAUCAAGCCAGUGUUAUGUAAAAUAGUUAAUUCAUAAAAUGAACCUACCUACAUACAUAGAGUAAGGUUUAAUUUUAAAUAGCACAAAUUAUGAUUUUUUAAUAUAUUUAUGAAAACUUAAUGGUUA